UCUCCUGGAAAUUCUUCCCUUUAUAUACAGUUAAAUUCUUUCUCACUCUCUCAUCAACCCUCAUCUUCCAAUUUGAAUUCUCACUCACUAGAAAUCUCACUCUCUUGAAUGGCAUCUCCAAAUGACGCUUCAACUUUAGAGUUUAUCAGCCAAUAUCUUCUCAACGACUUCACUAAUUCCAUGGAAACCUUCAUAUCCAACCUCGAUUUUUGCACUGCGUCUCAAAGCCAACCUCAACACCCGCAAUUUGACAUCGACAUCUCGGAUUACUUGGAACCAAAAGAGCCACUCAUCAACCGAAAUUACCAGUCAACUCCUCUUAGUCGGAGAAAACCAUCUAUAAACGUCGCAAUACCUCCACCAACAAACAUCAAAACAAGCUCCAAAACUGACAUUAACCCAGUUAUUAAGACAGAAAGAGAAUCGAAGGAUGAAAAAGAAAAUCAUUACAGAGGAGUUAGGAGACGACCAUGGGGAAAAUAUGCAGCGGAGAUCCGUGACCCCAACCGAAAAGGGAUCCGGGUUUGGUUAGGAACCUUUGACACUGCCAUUGAAGCUGCAAAAGCUUAUGACAAAGCCGCUUUUAGGUUCCGAGGAAGCAAAGCGACCUUGAACUUUCCUCUUGAGAUUGAAACCUCUAACUUUAUUGAAUCUGAAUUACCCUUGAAUUGUGGGAAAAAGAGGAAAAAUGAAGAAAUGGUGGGUACGAAGAGACAGGUGGUAAAGAAAGAGGAGCCCGAAGAAAAGGUGACGGAAACCGUUAAGUUAGGCCUUUCUCCAUUGACGUCGUCAAGUUGGACGGGGUUUUGGGAAACUACUAGUAUUGGAGGAGAAGGUGAGGGCAUUUAUAACAUGCCUUUGUUUUCUCCGAUAUCACCACAUCCUUCUAUAGGAAACUGCCGGCUCACGGUUAUGUAACGGAGGUUUAACAGUGGGGACUAAACUUUGAUGACGUGGACAUUUUAAUUUAUGUAGUAGAUAGUGAUAAUAAAAUAAGGUGGUGAAGUGUCAUCAAUUAAAUAUGAUUGGGUGUUAGAGGAUAGCAUUUGUUAGUGGAAUAUAUUGAAUCGUUGAUAGAGAAUUUAAAUACAAUUAUUUUAUUUUUUAAAA